AUGAAUGAGAUUUGCGCCAUAUUAAAGGAGUAUUUAGAAAGUGACAGUGAAGGAAUAAUAGAUUCAAAGAAUACAGCACAAAAAUAUACUAUACAGAUACUGAUAGUUUAUACAUUUCUUCUAAAUUGGGAUAAAUUAAAUAAAGCUGGGUUGGUAUCUGAAACUGAAUAUUGCAAAGGAAAGAAUGACUAUGGAGAUGGUGGAAUUAUUUUUGGUAUGUAUUUAGCAUCAAAAGUUAAAUAUAAUAUCAUUUUGACUUCUGAUGGUGUUUUGAAAGAAAAGAAAACGUUUAAGGGAUACUCUAACUAUAAGAUUAAGGUGGACAAUUAUGUUCAAUUAGCUAGCGGACAUGAUGUGACGAAUGAAUUUGAUAAACCAUGGGGAAAGAGUUUUACUGAUGGAAUAGUUAUUCCUAAUGAAAAACAAACUAAAAGAUUUAGAAGUUAUUUGAAUUUAGUGAAGAGAAAAGCACCAGAUGAUGAAGGAAAAAUGUAUCCUUACAACUCUGGGAGGGAGAUGUGCUUGGAUGACGAUUAUGUAUUUGAUGAUUUUGAUUAUUUUACAAAUGUAUCUAAUGAUGAUCCAUUAAAAUAA